AUGAUGAACGCUACUUGUAACUUAGAUGAAAUUGCUUGUUCAACAGCUUUGUGGUUUUGGCAUGCGAAUAAUAUGGCUGGACCGGCACAAACAGGUAAUCAUGCUGCAACAACGAAAAUCAUCAGUAUUAUUGAAUGUAAUGGUGGAUCAGAACAAUCAAGAACAACGUGCACAAACAUAUCAACGAGUUAGACAAUCAUUUGGAUUCGGACAAUGAAAUAAUAAUUUAUACUGUUAAAGAUUUGCUUGAGGGUCAUUCUUUGGAGACUGCCGAUUCUACACAAAGUCUAAAUUUCUGCUUUUUAUGGUUCGGUAGAUAAACCGAAUUUUGCCUGCUUUAUCGCGUCUAAUCGUACCAGAACUGGACCGAUUGAGAAACGGUAAACCGAUCCGAUCUGUAAACUGGCCGGCUGGAAUUAUAACUCAAACUGGUGAAAAACUGCCGAAGUAUUUUGAAAAUAAAUUUUCAGAAAUAAUUUCCCCCGGAAACAAAAUAGUUUGCUAGCACACGUGAGAGAACCCUCACAAUAACGAGUUUAUAACAUCUAAUCUUAAAACAAGUGAUGGAAAUAAUAUAUGUUUUGAGCAUCAUCUUAUUUAUUCUGAGAGAAAAAGACAUGAAAUAUCAGUUUUUCGACGUAAAACACGAUAAAAGGAGCCGAUUUUUCAAAAGUUUCAGUCGAUGAAAUACCAAUCUCUACCGGCCCGGUUGACUUUUUCAGCCGGCUCUGAAGCGUACACACCCUACGUUGAAUAUAAGUCACAUUGUGCGGAAUACAUUCACAGAAGACGCUGGCGUGACUAGACUAUCACUACUUUCAUUGCUCUGCUU